GAAGCGGGGGCCCGCGCCCCGCGCGCCCCCGACAUGGUGGGCCACCUGCAUCUGCAGGGCAUGGAGGAGAGCCUCAAGGAGAAGAGCCGGGAGGGCUUGCUGGACAGCCCGGACUCCGGGCUGCCCCCCAGCCCCAGCCCCAGCCCCCCCUUCUACUCGCUGGCACCCGGCAUCCUCGACGCCCGCGCGGGGGCCGCCGGCGCCUCCUCGGAGCCCCCGGGACCCAGCGAGGCCGGAGCGCCGCCAUCCCUGCCCCCAAACUCCCCGGCACUUGAGAUGAGGCCCCGGAUGCUGCCGGUGUUCUUUGGUGAGAGAAUCGAGGUGAACCCAGCACCCACACAUGAGAUCCGCUGCAACUCCGAGGUCAAGUACACCUCAGAGAAGCACUUCCGGGACAAGGUGUUCUACGCGCCCGUGCCCACGGUCACGGCCUACAGUGAGACCAUCGUGGCGGCCCCCAACUGCACGUGGCGCAGCUACCGCAGCCAGCUGACCCUGGAGCCGCGGCCGCGCGCCCUGCGCUUCCGCAGCACCACCAUCAUCUUCCCCAAGCACGCCAGCAGCACCUUCCGGACCACCCUGCACUGCAGCCUGGGCCGGCCCCGCCGCUGGUUCACCGCCAGUGUGCAGCUCCAGCUGUGCCAGCGCCCCGGGCCCCGGCCCCCAGCCCCCCGGGCCCCUCGGGCCACCCAGCGCGCUAGUGGGGCUGGCAGGCCCCUGGCAGUGACGGGCGAGGGCCGGGGCCCCAAAGGACUAACUCCAGCGGCUGCAGGGGAGUGGGGAGGCCGCCCGCGGCGCCGCGUGGACGAGGCGCUGCUCCUGGCGCCUGCCCCGCUACUCACCCGGGGUCUCCCCCCACCCGGGGGCUGA